UAAAACAAUAAAGCAUCAACAAGACUAUAUACUGCUAGAGCACUUGGGCUAUUAAAAAUGUACAAUUUUGUUUAUAACCGAACACACUUCGGCUAUGCUCAUUUAUCAUUUUGUAUUUCUUUUUUUUAUUACCAUUUAUCAAAUAAUAAUUGUUACUUUUAUUUUCAGAAAAAAUGUAUACAACAAUAUACUAUAUCUUAACUAUAUAAAUAAAAUCCAAGAACUAAUGAAUGGCCCAUGGUCCAAGGAAUCACAACACCAUUAGCAUGUGCCUCAGUGUAUUUAUACCUUGUGUUAUACUUGGGGCCGAAAUUUAUGGAAAAUAGAAAACCUUUUCACUUAUUACCAAUAAUUAAAGUUUAUAACUUAGUUCAGUUGGUAGCGUGUAUCUUAAUUUUUUAUAUGAUUUUGAUCUCUGGAUGGACAACUAAAUAUACUCUUGGAUGUGAGCCUGUUGAUUCAAACGAACCACACUCAAAUCGAUUAGCUCAACUGUUUUGGUGGACAUACAUGUUGAAAUUGGUUGAAUUUGCUGAAACUGCAUUUUUCAUACUACGUAAAAAGACAAAACAAGUUUCUGGACUUCAUGUUUAUCAUCAUGCUUCUACGUUUAUUUUAGCAUGGGCAGCUGUUAAAUUCUUCCCAGGCGGUAUGGCUUCUUUUCCAAUUUUAGUGAAUUCAGUAGUACAUAUUAUUAUGUAUGCUUACUAUCAACUUUCGUCUAUGGGACCACAAUAUCACAAAUUUACUUUAAAGUAUAAAAAAUAUGUGACUAUUAUUCAAUUGAUUCAGUUUGGAAUACUUGUAGUACAUACACUACAAGUUUUGUCAUCAAGUUGUUCCAUGCCUAAUGCAUACCUAUACGGAAUGCUACCAGACAUCAUUGUAUUGUUUUAUUUAUUUUACAAAUUUUACAGAAAUACAUACACAACAAAAAUAAAAAAUGUAGAGCUUAAAUCGGCCGAAAAAAUUAAAUAAAUAUCUCAUCAUUUCUAUUAUUCCUAUAAAAAUAUAGAAAAAUUACAUCAAACAAAAAUGAAUAAGCAUAUAAUAAUGCCAAGAAAAUAUUAUAAAAUUAAAUUGUAAAUUGUAAUAUUAUUUAUUUUUCUUAAAUAAUUUAUAUUAUAAUUUAAAAGAAAACCUAAAAUUUGUAUUAUUUUUCUGUUUAUACAACACAACAUUGAACUAUUAAUGUAUUUAGUGAAUUUUAUAUGAUAAAUUGUUGGGUUUAAUCUAAAUUUUUAAUUUCAUUUACUUAUUAAAAUGUACCUAUUAUUUUAUGUCACAAUCUUAAGUAUAAACAAUUAUAAAAUUAUUUUUACAACUGAAAUGAAAAGUAAUUUUAUUUCUGGUUCAUCAUGUCCAAUUAGUUAAGUAGGUAUUAAUUCAUUUUUUUAUGAUUACUUAACUAAUAUAUUCUCAUUCAAUUUGGUAUUCUUGUAGUACAUAUUACAUGCACAAGUUUUGUCAUGUAGUUGUUUCAUGCCUAAUGCUUUGGAGAAAUUGCAUUAAAAAAAAAUAAAGGCCUCGGUUAAAAACUUAAAAUUAGUUGGUUUAAUUUAGAAAAAGAAAUACAUUUUACCUACUGUUUAACAAGUUUAUUUGUU